UUUAAUUUCACCUUUUCUCUCUCUCUUGAUUAUUAUUUUACCAGUUUUGGAGCCCUUCUCAGGUGGCUUUUACAGUCCCUAUGCAGAUUAGCCUUUAUUACCACCCCAAUCUAUUCCAUUCUCCUUCGUUUUCAGUGCGUGAUUUAUAUAAAUAACCCACCACAACCACCACCUUCUUAUCCAUGUUCCAAUUUCUACAAUUCAUCUCAUCAAAAUGUGGGGAGUGGAAGAGAUUCUGUGUGAGCUCGAGAGAGACGAUCACCACCAUCAAGGCCUACCUCCUGGCUUCAGAUUCCACCCUACUGAUGAAGAGCUCAUCACCUUCUACUUAGCCUCCAAGGUCUUCAACGGCGCCUUCUGCGGCGUCGACAUCGCCGAAGUCGACCUCAACCGGUCCGAGCCGUGGGAGCUUCCAGGUGCGUUCUCUGAAUCCCUAAUUUGUUAUGCAAAUCAAAACCCUAAUUUUGUGAUCCAUAUUGUAACAGAUGCGGCGAAGAUGGGGGAGAGAGAGUGGUAUUUCUUCAGCUUGAGAGACCGGAAGUACCCGACCGGGCUGCGGACCAACCGGGCUACGGGUGCGGGUUAUUGGAAGGCGACCGGGAAAGACCGGGAGGUGUCGAGCGCUGCAAAUGGGGGCCUGAUUGGGAUGAAGAAAACCCUAGUUUUCUACAAGGGGAGAGCUCCGAGAGGGGAGAAGACCAAGUGGGUCAUGCACGAGUACCGCCUCGACGGCGACUUCUCGUGCCGCCACACCGGCAAGGAGGAGUGGGUGAUGUGCAGAAUCUUCCAAAAGAUGGGUGAGAGGAAGAGUUUGGUGCAAGGCCAAAACUACCUCUCAUCAUACUACAGUUACAACCCAAUGACUUCACUGCCUCCAUUGCUGGACUCACCAGCAACACUUGAUCAUCAUCAUCAUCAACUACCAUUGCAUCAUCAAACCUCUCUUCUCUAUCACACACAGGAUCAGCCGGAGCUCAAAGCCCUACUCAGCUACCCCGUCGCACCCCGACCCGUUGGGAGCUCGCUGUUCCUCCCUUCCAACCAAGGCUCGAGUUUGAAGGAGCUGAGCAAUGUCAUUGCAUCACAGUGCAAGAAUGUGGGUGGUGGUGGUGGUGAUGGGGGUGGCAAUAGCAAAUAUGAAAAGAUAAAUCCAUUUGUUUUUGGGGGAGAUUUGGCAAUCCCAUCAGUGGCAGCAGUGGGUGAUCACAUCGUUACAGCUGCAGCUAUUGAUCAUGUUAUGUCAACUGAGCCUGCUUUUAAAUGGUGGUAGUGAGAGACAGAGAGAGAGAGAUGGAGAUUUUAAUCCCAUCACAGUCAUUGGAGAUUAUUCUUGCCAGUCUUAAAUAUUUCAAAUAUAAAUCUUACUAAUGUUUCAUGAUUGUAAGCAUGUAGCAGUAGCAGUGAUGAUGGGGACCAUGGAAUGACUAGUACUUUAUUUUGCUGUUUUUGUAGCAUAUACUGUAUUAGUAUGUA